GUUAGAUGAAAUCAGUGAUCGAGUUAUGAUGUUCAUCUACUUUCCUCUUCACGGACUCGCUAUGUCGCAUGCCUGUUACAAUCCAAUAAUCUACUGUGUCAUGAAUUCUAGAUUUCGUGAAGCCCUAUAUGCUCUCCUACGAAAUUUUCCUCUGAUGGAAAACUGUGGUACACGAACAAAUAGUCGUCGUCGUCCAGGAACAGAUGGAACGGAGAGCACGGAACUACAGCGCAACAAUACUUGUACGACUUACCUGAGUGUGAAAAGGAAAACUUGCAAUCGAAUAUCUAGAAACAACAUUUCUCCUCCUGUGAGAUCUGUUUCCAUCAGGAAUCCAUGCCAAAAUGGAAAUAGAUCAGUCACAAAUAUUUUCGACACGAAAGUCUGAAUUCAUUGGAUUCUAGAUUCAAAAAAUACUGUUGACAAAGAAUGGCUGAUCGGCAGAAACAAAAUGAUUCAUAUUCCAAUAAUGUAUGAACGAAUCUCCAAUGAAUGCAGGAAUAUGCAACGCUCAACUCGAAUUACUCAGUUAUUUGAUGAAUUCAUUGAAAUUUUGAUAGGAUUUGUUUUUGUCUGUCAGUCAAUGAAUACAUUUCACAGGGUACAAAUAACUUAAA